UAUUUGGGACUUCCAUCACCAAUCCGCAGACCUGAUUUCUUGAAAACUUCUGAACACCCAACAGGAUUAGAUCUAGAUAUUUAUUAUCCAGAACACGGAUUUGCAGUUGAAGUGCAAGAACCACAGCAUGAAAAUAUACUCUUUCGUAGAUGA